UUGGUGCACUCUAUUACAUACGAGUUGUCAGCGUCCUGAGGGGUAACAAUGUGGAUCGCUGUCGGAAUAGUAGUCGCGGCACUGGUCGUGUUUUUGUUAAAGUAUGUUUUCACCACUCCUGGACCUAAUCCCUUUGACAAAGAUACUCGAGAACCGCUGAAACCUUUGGUAAACGACCAUAAAGUGAAAAACAAAGUUUUGAAACAAGGUUUUUUGGCCAAUAAGGUGCCAGAAAAUCUUGAUGCCAUUGUUAUUGGCAGUGGGAUUGGUGGGCUCGGACUGGCUGUUCUUCUGGCUAAAGUUGGCAAACGGGUCUUGGUUCUGGAGCAGCAUGAUCGUGCAGGAGGCUGCUGUCAUACCUUCACCGAGAAAGGAUUCGAGUUCGAUGUUGGCAUCCAUUAUAUUGGAGACCUGCUUGAGCACAAACCUUUCCGCUGCAUGCUGGACCAGUGCACCAAUGGCCAGCUGCAGUGGGAGCCACUUGACAACCCCUUCGACGUGGUGGUCAUCGGUCCCCCUGAAAACAGACGCACCUAUCCCAUCUACUCAGGACGGGACCGCUUCCCCCAGGAGCUAAAGAAGUGCUUCCCCGGGGAGGAGAAGGCCAUCGAUGAAUACAUGAGGCUCGUUAAGAAAGCUGGUCGAGGUGUGUGGGCAGUCGCUUUGCUGAAACUGCUCCCCUCCCCCGUGGCACAGUUCUUGGUGUUCACCGGCCUGGCCAAACGCCUCUCCUUCUUCUUCCGCAUGGCAUCGCGUAGCCUCACGGACGUGGUCGACGGCCUAACGCAGAACAAGGAUCUGAGAGCUGUUUUCUGUUACAUAUUUGGAACUUAUGGAAACAUGCCCAAAGAGUCCAGCUUCUCCAUGCACAGUCUGCUGGUUUGCCAUUACCUGCAUGGAGCAUGGUACCCCAAGGGAGGGGCCAGUGAGAUUGCCUACCACAUGAUUCCCAUCAUUGAGAAAGCAGGGGGCGCUGUUCUUGUUCGAGCUCCGGUCAACCGCAUCCUCUUCAAUGAAGCCAAUGAGGCUAUUGGGGUGAGUGUCCUGAAGGGGAAGGAGGAAGUUCACGUCCUUGCUCCCAUAGUGGUCUCAAAUGCAGGGAUCUUUAACACCUAUCAGAAGUUGCUGCCAAAAGAGCUACAAGCGAAGCCAGACAUCCAGCGUCAUCUGAGCAUGAUGAAGAAUGGAGAGGGAGGAUUGAGUAUCUUUUUGGGUCUCAAUGGAACCAAAGAGGAGCUGGGUCUCAAAGCAGACAACUACUGGAUCUUUACUGAAAACAACCUGGAUGAACUGGUGACAAAAUACCUGGAGGGUGAGAGGGAGGAAUCUGUCAAGGACAUACCACUGCUCUUUGUGGCCUCCCCUUCAGCCAAAGACCCCACCUGGGAGGAGAGAAGUCCAGGGAAGUCCACACUGAGUCUGGUGAGCUUUGCCAAAUAUGAGUGGUUUGAAGAGUGGAAGGAUGACAAGGUAACCAACCGGGGUCCCGAUUAUAAGGAGCUGAAGGAUGCUCUCAUCCAGACAGCGUUGAAUGUGGUCUGCCAGAUCUACCCAAACAUUAAGGAUCGGAUUGAGUAUGUGGAUGCUGGCACCCCCAUAACUAACCAGUACUACAUUGGGGCUCCUAAGGGAGAGAUAUAUGGCGCAGACCAUGGCAUUGCACGCUUUAGCCCUGAAGUCAACGCCACUAUCCGACCACAGACCCCACUGAAGAACCUGUACCUCACAGGUCAGGAUGUGUUUCUGUGUGGCUUUGCUGGUGGUUUGGCUGGAGCCCUUACCUGCGGCUCAGUCCUCCUCAAACGAAACCUCCACCUGGAUGCCAUCGGCCUGGCCAAGAAAAUGAAACUCAUCAACACCAAGAAGGAACAAUAACUGACUGCCAUGCAAGAAAAAAAAAGCUCAAACAAGCUGUUCUAGCAACACUUAACUAAUGCAGUAACUGUAUAAUGAUUUCACGAAGAACACAUAAUAACUAACCAACAUCAACAAUGAAAAGAGUGCUGCUGGGAUGCACCUCCCCUCUCCAUUCAAGAAAACUGCAAUGAGCAUGUUUUUGAAAUCAGACUGCUGAUUCAAGCCAAUGAAAGCAUAACUUCACUUCCAGCUCUGAGCCUAACUCCACCCACUACAUCAUGCUAAAUAGUGGGCAACUUUUUCCUCCUCUGAAUGAUGAGUCACGAUCAGCAGCUAACAAUGGAAAAACGUCAUCUUUGUAUGCUAACCGUUUUUUCCUUAAGGGAUGACUUUUGCUGUAAUUUACUGUCUGGUUUGUUUUUUAUAUCUUGCCUUGUCUUUUUUUAUGUUUCCUUCGCUACAAACAUAAUAAAUGAGCAUGUCAAUGUGUUCAUUUUCAAUCA